CAGUCAUCCAGAAGCUUCAUAGACUUUAGGUCAACGAGAACAGAACACGAUUUCAACAUAAGAAGGGGGAAAGAAUACCUUUUUAACUCCUGCAAAUCUCGAGUGUUUGGUGUUUAUAAGUAACAAGUUUCUAAUCUUUCUUUCUUCAUCUCGCUUUAUUUUCAAUUUCCGUUUCUGGGUUUAUCUUAGAUUUCUCUGGUUCUUCUUUAAUCGAAAGUUGUAAUGGCGCCUCAUGAUCUUGAAAGAAGUGCAAAAGAAGCUUUUGUUGAUGAUAAUUUUGAAUUAGCUAUUGAUCUUUAUACUCAAGCUAUUACGUUGGAUCCUUCAAACCCAGAUCUCUUUGCUGAUCGUGCUCAAGCUAAUAUCAAACUUGAGAAUUUUACUGAAGCUGUUGCUGACUCAAACAGAGCGAUAGUGUUGGAUCCAACAAUGGCUAAAGCUUAUCUACGCAAAGGUACCGCAUGUAUUAAGCUAGAGGAGUACCAAACUGCGAAAGCUGCCUUAGAAGGAGGUGCUGCCCUGUCUCCUGGUGAUGCAAGAUUCACCAAUUUAAUCAAAGAAUGCGAUGAAAAGAUUGCAGAGGAAGCUGCUCAACUUUCAAAACAAUUUGUUCAGAAUGUUCCACCAACAAACACACCUCCUCCCGCUGCAUCUACUUCAUCACAAGAAGCACCUGUUAUUGUUCAGGAUGCUGAGCCAGCAGUAGCUCCUCCACCUCCUAAAUACAGACAUGGUUACUACCAGAAGCCAGAGGAAGUGGUUGUGACCAUAUUUGCAAAGGGUGUACCAGCUCAAAAUGUUUCUGUCGACUUCGGAGAACAAAUACUAAGUGUUACCAUUAGCAUCCCUGGGCAAGAUGAAUUUGUAUUUCAACCACGCUUAUUCGGGAAGAUUAAGCCUGAGAUGUGCAGAUAUGAAGUCAUGUCAACCAAAAUUGAAAUGUGCCUUGCUAAAGCUGAAGCAAUUAACUGGACAUCUCUUGAAUAUACCAGGGAAAAUACAGUUCAGCAGAAAUUGAACUCGCCAUCAGCUGCUGAAUCAAGACCUUCAUACCCGUCUUCAAAGUCAAAGUUGAGACCUGUUGAUUGGGAUAAGCUAGAGGCACAAGUAAAGAAGGAGGAGAAAGAAGAGAAGCUGGAAGGUGAUGCAGCUUUGAACAAGCUCUUCUCUGACAUCUACAAAGACGCUGAUGAUGAUACCAAGCGCGCCAUGAGGAAAUCUUUUUUGGAGUCAAAUGGGACCGUUCUGUCUACAAACUGGAAAGAAGUGGGUGCCAAGAAGGUGGAAACAAGUCCUCCAACUGGUAUGGAAUUGAAGAAAUGGGAAUCCUAAGAGUGUUAUAACUGCAGGCACAUGAUAAGAUUCAUCUCCGUUUGUUACUUGUAUCUAUCGUUUAGUUUUUGGUUAUCCAACCUUACUCUAAGGUGUCCUUGUGUCUUAAUUAGUGCUUCUCUGGUUUGUGGUCUUGACAAGGUCUAUUGAAAGUAUUGGACUAAAAUCACUUUUAUCUAUCUUUUUUUUUUGUCUUGAUCAA